CGGGAAACAUGGCGGCAGUGAGCGGAGUCCGCUGGCUGACCCGAGCGCUGGUCUCCGCCGGGAACCCUGGGGCAUGGAGAGGUCUGAGUACCUCGGCCGCGGCGCACGCUGCAUCGCGGAGCCAGGCCGAGGACGUGAGGGUGGAGGGCUCCUUUCCCGUGACCAUGCUUCCGGGAGACGGUGUGGGGCCUGAGCUGAUGCACGCCGUCAAGGAGGUGUUCAAGGCUGCCGCUGUCCCAGUGGAGUUCCAGGAGCACCACCUGAGUGAGGUGCAGAAUAUGGCAUCUGAGGAGAAGCUGGAGCAGGUGCUGAGUUCCAUGAAGGAGAACAAAGUGGCCAAACAUUACAAUUAG